AUGCAGAUUAAAAUGUGACAACUGUACGGUGUUACACUUAAAUGCUCUCGGCUUUAGUUAUUAUUUUCAAUGUUCGAUAAUGGACAGCAGACACAAUCGGGGACGCGGAGGACAUUGGAAAAGAGGAGGUGGAGGUGACACCGGCAGCUCAGGUGAACUUAGGGGUCGCGGAAGAGGCGGCCACCAUCGUGGAAGGGGAAAGAGGGACCAUCGCAGAGGGCAGUAUCAUGGACCUCCUGCAGACUUUCGACGAAAUCAAGAUGAUCAUGAUGACAAAGUGAACUUUGAGGAAGAGGAGGACAAAACCAUCUUCACUAGAAGAAAGCUUGAGACGAAUUGGGACCGUUAUGAGGAAUCGGAAAAACAAGAAAUCAAUGAAGAUGUUCCUACACAGAGAGGAACAGACUACCAUGUCCUCCUCACUUCAGCUGGCGACUCUUACACACAGUUCAGAUUCUCAGAUGAGAAAGACUGGGAGAUGGACUCGCUGGCAAAAAAUCAGAUUCCAGCUCUGUUUCUAGAUCUGACAGCUCUGGCUCAGUCACUCGAAGAGCUUCCACUGCACACACGACUUAACCUGGAGGCUGAACUUGUUCAGGUGACCCCUGUUCAACUGCCAUCUGUGACCGCACCUCACAAAACAGACAUACCUGUGACUGUAGCAGGUGGACUGAAGGCUCCUCAGGUGAGCCGUGACUCGGGGCUGGCCGUGAAGUCUGGUCCAGGUUUAACCCCAACCCUCCCUUUGGUCUCAACAACAGUCGAGCCUCUCACAGAUGAUGGUGACGCGGAGCUCGACCUUCUCCUCAAUUUGACUAAGCCUGUUACACAAUUUGCUUCAUCUGAAUAUAAGACUAUAAUGGAUGAAAUCCUAAACAACCCAGUGGCAGCUGCAGUGGAAGAAAAGAAAGAAAACAUUGCUGAUGCAAAAGAGACAACGCCAGAAGUGAAGGGAGAAUCUAAAUCCACGAAACGGGAACUGACAGAGGAAGAUCUAGAGGACUGGUUGGACAGCAUCAUUUCCUGAGAACUUUGAGUGGCAUGAAGUGACACGUCUAUUACCGACACCAGUGACUGACGCCAAGUGUCUAGGAUAAAAUAAGCAGAUACGCUCAUGCUGACAUAGCUUUACCUCUGUGUAGAUGCUGCCGUAGUCCAUCAAAGAAACACAAGAGCGCUUCAGUCAUCUUUUUUUGUGUUACUUACUGUAGUGAGUGCUUGCGCAACAGUUUUCAAACCAAUUCAAGGAGACACAGCCAUCAUGGGAUUUAUUCUUUGCUGUCAGAUUAAAUGCUAUUAACGGCUGGGAUUUAUUGCAUUGGCUACUUUAUUUUCUUCCCCUGACAAAGAAAAAUGCAAAUCACCAAAGCUACUACAUACAUACAUACAUACAAAUGGCCAUACGAUAGCAGUUUAUGUAAUCAUUUUUUUGUUCUUCAAUGUAAAUUCCCUUUUCGUUUAAUAAUUGUGCUGCAUAAGUGAUGAUCAGGCAGACGUGAGUUCACAGUUACUUAACCAAACGAUAAAUAGCAAUGAUAUCACAUUCUACUCCUAGACAAACGGCAGCUAAUGCUACAAAAGUACUAAAUGAACAACUAAAAAGCUAACUAGCAAACAUACAAGCAGGACCAAAAUGUUUGCAUAGUAUCCCGUCAUA